AUGGCGCAAAAUAUGUAUCGAGUUGGUGACUUUGUAUACUUCGAGAUUUCAAGUGCAGCUCCAUAUCAAGUGCGGAAAAUUGAAGAAUUGAAUAAGCUUCAGACACCAUCAGGAAAUGUGGAAGCGAAAGUAUCAUGCUUUUGUCGACGACGCGACUUACCUACAUCACUGCUUAAAGUAGCCGAUCGUGCAGAAAGAGUUGAUAAAGUGGUAAAUACAAGGCGACGUCUUGUUGUUACGUCAUCUGCUCCUACAGGAGAUGCAAGCGAUGAAUCAUCUGACGGGAUGAAAAAAGAUCAUGAAAGUUCACCUGAAAAUGGUCAGCAAAGCAAUCAGGAAACUAAAGAUGACGCUACUCCAACCAUUGCUACUCAUGAGGAGGGUGAUUCACCAACACCUAUGUGUGUAGAUACCGGUGAUGACGAAGAAGUAGAAUCAGAGAGUAAAGUCUCAGAUGCCAAAGAAGACGAUGAGAAGGAUAGAGAUGGUGAAGAAUCAAAGGAAGGUGGUUAUGGUUUUGCAGGUCUUCCAAAAGGAGCUGAAAAUUUGACACCGAAAGAAAGACAUGUACUGAGACAACAUGAACUUUAUCUUACUCGACAAAUUGAAGCACUUCCAGCAACACAUAUUCGCGGCAAAUGUAACGUAACUUUACUGAGUGAAGUUGAAACUCCAGAUAUGUACUUAGAUCGCGACGAUGCUUUUUUUUACUCUUUGGUAUUCGAUCCAACUGCAAUGACAUUACUAGCCGAUAAAGGUGAAAUAAGAGUUGGUGAAAAAUAUCAAUGUGAAGUGCCUGAUGAUAUGGCGCCAGAUGCUAUAGAUGAAAAUAAAGAGAAUGGGAAUUUGGUGAUUGCUGAAGAUGAAGAUGAUGAUGAAGGAACAGUCGUGACAACUUCGAAGCGCGAAUUUCUCGUCUAUCAUCCGCAUCACAAUUUAACAGAUCGUGAUAUAGAUCAAUUCUUAAUUGUUGCAAGAGCGGUUGGAACGUUUUCACGGGCGUUGGACACUUCAUCUUCGAUGAAAUUACCUUCGUUGCACAUGACUGCAGCAGCUGCAAGUCGCGAUGUUACCCUUUUCCAUGCUAUGGCUCUUUUACAUCAAGCAAGUUAUGAUAUGGGACAGGCAGUGAAAUACCUCGUACCUCCGCCUAGUAAACAACAUUAUCCGUUAGACGCGGACAAAACAACGUCACACAAUACAGUCAGCUUAGGUGGACCGAUAUUAUGUCGUGAUCAAAUGGAAGAAUGGUCAGCAGCGGAAGCCAAUCUUUUCGAAGAAGCUGUAGAAAAGUAUGGGAAAGAUUUUAGUGAUAUACGUGCCGAUUAUUUGCCUUGGAAAUCGAUGCGGGACAUUGUUGAAUACUAUUACAUGUGGAAAACAACAAAUCGUUAUGUUGAAGUUAAAAAGAAUAAAGCAGUCGAACAAGAAAGUAAAUUAAAGCAAGUAUACAUACCAAAUUACAAUAAACCAAAUCCAAAUUUGGUUGGACCACCGAAUCCUAGCGGACAACCGAUGAAAGGUACAUCAGCAUGUGAAAGUUGUCAAACAGACGAGUCAACCCAGUGGUACGCAUGGGGCCCAGCUCAUUUGCAACUUCGUUUGUGUAGUGUUUGUUGGUGUCAGUGGAAAAAAUAUGGUGGACUAAAACGUGUUCAUGAAUAUGAAUCUUAUGAUCUUGACGGUGCAGCAACACAAGAAUCAGUAUCACAGCCCCAACCGCAAUCACAAAAAGUAACAUCUGCAGUUACUACAGCUGGUUUUAUUAAUCGAAAUUCUGCAGCAGCAGCAGCAGCAGCAGGUUCUACCACUUCGACAAGGAAUGGAAUUAAUGGUCGUUCCGGUACCAACCAAAUGCUCGGACGUCUGCCAUCGGGUCAUUCACAAGCACAACAGAAAAUGUCUGGAGGAGGUCAUUCAUCAUCAGUAAAAACUCGAGUUGCAUUCUAUCUUAAUACAACAUUAUCAAUGCGAAUUGCUCGCAGAUUGGCUCCAAAAUCGUUAUUCAACAUUCGACGUUCUGCACGACGUCCUUUCUUACCUAUAAAUGGACAUGCUAUCAAACAGUUCUGCACAACUCGACAACCGUAUGAAAUAAUCCGUGCAGCGAAGCAAAUUAAGGCUAACAAACUUCCUGAUGCGCUUGUUGCUCAAAUAGCCUCAUCAAUCAUUGCGUCCAGUGCACAGUUCACUCAGAUGGGGGCUGCAGUAUCAAACAUUCAAAAACGACAUGGAAGCGACAAAGGGGGACCACCGAUUAAACGACAGCAUUUGCAACAAACGGUAGCGCAAACGCAGCAACAAAGUGCCAUUCAUCUGGUAACUAGUGGAUCCAUUGGUACCGCUCAUACUCACUACCAUCAUCCUGCAGUGGUAUCAGUUGCAACACCCGGCGUAACACCGCCACCAUCAUUGCCAGCAACAGCACCACCAUUACCACCACCGCCACCACCACCAACACUACCAUCAACACUACCACCACCACCACCUCCACCACCACCUCCACCAUCACUGCCAUCACAGCUGUCAUCACAAUCGUUGCAAUCACCACAGAUAGCUGCAGUUCAUUCUGGUGCACAUAUUAGUAGCACGAUUGUUACAAAACCAUCAUUAAGUCCAAGUAAAAUUGUUUGCACCACUAUUCGUAAUCAGCAGUCACACCUAGGUCAUGUCACGGGUGCAACAACUGCAAUGCAUAACUUUGCACGUGAAGUAAAUAAACCUGUAGCUGCAGUAACACCAUUAUCACUUUCCACUUCUGUUCUUGUGCCACCAACUAUUACUGCUGUUAAUCCGGCUCUUUUUGCUGCAACAAUACAGCAACAACAACAAGUACAACAGCUACAGGCAGUGGCAGCUACAGUUGCACGAACGGCAACAACCACUUCGGCACCACAAUCUCAAGCUCCGCAACCAGCACUUUUGAUUGGCGUCGAUACGACAGCACACGAUAAAAAAAUUGCUACAACAUCCGGUUCCGUGUUGGCAACCGUGGGUACUUCCAGGAAGAAAAACUUUCACCCGGAUAGUCGAUGGAGUGGUUUGGAUGAGAAGCUUUUAUUCCUCGCUGGACCACGAUUAAAGAUAUUGCGUAGACGAAUUUGUCCGAAGAAAAUUGGCCGCCAUAUCGCGUUACAUCCAUGUCGAAGCAGUGAUUUUGUUAUUAAACAUUGGCCUAAUUUGCAGGGUUUUUUCAUUUGA